AUGGCAGAGGACGAGCCACAGAAGCCUCAGCUCGAGAUGCCGCUGGUCCUGGAGGAGUUCCUGACCAAGCAGAUGAGGCUGCGUGUGGAGAGCCUGAAGCAGCGUGGGGAGAAGCGCCGGGAUGGCGAGAAGCUGCUGCAGCCAGUCGAGUCUGUGUACCGCCUUGACUUCACCCAACAGCAGAAGCUGCAGUUUGAGCGCUGGAAUGUCGUGCUAGACAAGGUGGGCAAGGUCACCAUCACAGGCACCUCGCAGAUCUGGACACCCGACCUCACCAACCUCAUGACACGCCAGCUGCUGGACCCCGCCGCCAUCUUCUGGCGCAAGGAGGACUCGGAUGCCAUGCAUUGCAAUGAGGCCGACGCCCUGGAGUUUGGGGAGCGCCUGUCGGACCUGGCCAAGAUCCGCAAGGUCAUGUACUUCCUCAUCACCUUUGGCGAGGGUGUCGAGCCCGCCAACCUCAAGGCCUCGGUGGUUUUUAACCAGCUCUGA